AUGGCACCAUCAAUUCCUAUCCCUACUCAGGGCGGGAUGUUCCACACUUUCCAAGGAGUUACUCCCCGCAAACAAUCAGUAGACUCCUCAGAGGGCUCUAAAGCCAGCUCAAGCAGUGCUGCAAAGCGGAUUACUACGCCACAUGCAUGUGCCGAGUGCAAGCGCCGCAAAAUACGAUGUGAUGGCCAGCAACCAUGUGGUCAGUGCCUUUCGAGUCGAGCCCCAAAGCGGUGCUUCUAUGACAAGCACCGACAGCGUGUAAUUCCAUCCAGAAAAACACUCGAGGCCCUGUCGCAAUCUUUAGAAGAGUGCCGAUCAAUCCUUAAAAGGCUAUAUCCUCACCACGAUAUUAUAACAUUGUUACCAUUAUCACGACAGGAACUAGUCAAUAUUCUAGAUCGACCAGGAGCAGACCCCGCCAAUGGAAUGCCAUCGCCGCCACUUCACGGCUCACCGAUGGAAGCUGGACUACAAUCGCCUCCCUUGUCAGCAACUGAGCAAGGCAUCUCCAGCCUCGAACAAUUACCUUCGAGGGACGCAGAGUGGGAUGAGGAGCGACGAGGAAGGGACCCGAUCCCAGUGGAAGCAGACGACGUUAAUGCAUUGUCACUGUCGGUUGAUCGACAUGCAUCAUAUCUCGGAGCCUCCUCCAUCAAAGCAGCACUGAUGGUGAUGUUGAAGGUCCAGCCAACCCUACGAAGCUCGUUUACGCCGCCGCUAAACAGUGUUGAAAUAGCGCAUAACAUGCCUAUAAUGAAGCAGAAGACCACAAACCUGAAGGAGCCACAGAGAGUACCAUGGUCGUGGAAGGGGCAAACAUUGAUCGACGCCUAUUUUAAGAGGAUACACGUCUUCAUUCCUAUGCUCGACGAAGCCUCGUUCCGAGCCGACUAUCUCGAAGGACAAAGGUGCGACGCGCCAUGGCUGGCGAUCCUCAACAUGGUUUUUGCCAUGGGGAGUAUAGUUGCUAUGAAGUCUGACGACUACAACCAUCUGAAUUACUACAAUAGGGCCAUGGAACACUUGCCGUUGGACUCCUUUGGCAGCAGCCAUAUUGAGACUGUUCAGGCAUUGGCUUUGAUAGGCGGUUACUAUCUUCAUUAUAUCAACCGACCUAAUAUGGCCAAUGCCAUACUUGGUGCAGCAAUCCGCAUGGCCAGUGCUCUUGGCCUUCAUAGAGAAAGCCUUGUCACUGCGCCUUCAGGGAGCAGUAAUGAGGCUGUAGCAGCCGAGACACGACGGAGGACAUGGUGGAGCCUCUUCUGUCUCGAUACCUGGUCUACGACCACUAUGGGUCGACCUUCAUUUGGUCGAUGGGGUCCAGCCAUCAACAUAAGGGUGCCGGAGGCAGGCAUUAGCUCUGGCCGUGACUCAGCCCAACAUGCCGGCAUUCUACCUCUGAUCGAGAACAUAAAGUUUUGCAAGAUUGCCACGGGGGUUCAAGACAUGCUUGCCAUUUCGCCACUUCUUCGAGCCGAAGACCGAGUCAGUCUCGAUGGUCAGCUUGUCAACUGGUACAGUAACCUGCCAUGGUUAUUGAGAACUACCGAUCCAUGUGCUGAGCCGCUGUAUAUCGUCCGUUGCAUCAUGAAGUGGCGAUACCAGAAUCUACGCAUGCUUCUACACAGACCAGUGCUCCUUAAUUUGGCAAGCAGUGGUGCUUCGCACGCAGCAGAGCAUGAUAUUGCUGCUAUUGAAGCUUGCCGCGACCUAGCCAAGGCUACGAUCGAGGAUAUAUCUCGAGAAUGGACGCGCAACCAGAUGUCUGGUUGGAAUGCAGUCUGGUUCCUGUACCAGGCAGCGAUGAUUCCAUUGGUCAGCAUUUUCUGGCAAUGGGAUAGCCCACGUGUGCCAGACUGGCAUAAGCAGCUUGAAACAGUUUUGGAGCUCCUCGAAGCUAUGGAAGAUUGGUCACUUGCUGCACGAAGAAGCCGAGAGGUUGUAUGGCGCAUGUACGAGGCUUCGCGGCAACUAGAGCCGGCGAUGCGGGCUCAGACUCCUCUGCAGCGGCUCGUUACGGACCAUAGCAUGCUCAUGGCCGACGGUUCGGAAUUACAUAUGUCCCCAAUUGGACUAGAGCCCGAAGGCUUCGGACUGAUGGGUGUCUUUGACCAGCAGGGAUUCUGGGAUCUUGACGGUAUGCUCUGGGGUGGCCCAGAAGAAAUGGAGUACGCACCAUUCGGUAGUGUUCACGAUGGGAUGAUGCAAAUGGAUUAUAGCAUUAUGGGCUCACAUCAAGGAGCCGGCGGCAUAGGCGGCGCGGCUUACUCCUUCGCUCAGUGA